AUGGCGUCGACGGCCUUAAUCAGCAGCUUCGCCCUGGUCCUGCUCUUGCUUUGUGCGCUGUUCGAGGUAUCUGUGGCCUUCCCAACCGAACCUUUGGGCAACCUUACGGAUGUCCCCACCCACCCCCUGACGAAGCGAGGAUGCAAGUUCAACACCGAGACUGCACAAUGGGAAUGCGACACUGACUUCCCCACGACCUCUCAGCUGAUCUCCCAGAUGCAAGACGAGCCUGGCGGCUUGGCCACGAAGGACAAAUUUGUCGCGUUCUACAGCAACCUCAACGAUCCAAGUCUCGCGCCCGGUAAAGAUCCCAGUCUGUCAUGGGUUGUCGGCUGGCUGGACGCCAAUGGCUUUGCGGGAAAGUACUACUGGUGGGGAAAGUGCGUCAAUCAGUACUGGCUCAACGCGCAGUCGGCAUUCAUUCGCGAGAACGCCCAAAAGUACAAGGACAAAUGGGGAGCAGAUGCGCUUUCCACAUUCGAGAAGUGCUUCUUUCAGUCAAUGGCCCUAGCAUCCCAGCAGCCAGAGUCGAUCGUGCUCACACCCAGCGACAAAGGAUGGAAGGACGACUCGCUAUGGGCAGCCAUUGAAUUUCCUACACUCACCAGAAAUAACAACGUCAAGAGAAUCUGGAGAGUGGACCCCCGACCACCGAAAGAUAGAGGCGACGAGGAAGGCUGCGCGCCUGACAAACCUCAACUGAUCUGGGACCGAGCAAGGGAUAAGGUGAAGAAGCUGCCAUGGGUCUGUCCUUUCGCCGACUAG